GCGGAGCUCCGGCUGCGCGCGGGGGCGGAAGGGCGCGCGCAGGGGAGGGACCGAGGGACGCGCCGACUUUUUUAGAGGGAGGGACCCGGUGGACAACCGGUUCCGCGGAGCUUGCAGAGCAGAAACGAAGUGCGGUGCGCGGCGUUCGGGGGGUCACUUCCCGAGUGUCGCCGCCUCCCUGUCUGCCUCGGUUAGGGGACAGCCCCGGAGCGAAGAGGCCAGCCCGCGGCGGGGCCGGUGGACCAGCGAGCGCGCAGCAGACUGUGCGCGGCCGCGGCGAGGGCGGGGAAGAAAACCACCCUGUUUCCUCUCCGGCCCCCACCGCGGAUCAUGUACCAGGAUUAUCCCGGGAACUUUGACACCUCGUCCCGGGGCAGCAGCGGCUCUCCUGCGCACGCCGAGUCCUACUCCAGCGGUGGCGGCGGCCAGCAGAAGUUCCGGGUAGAUAUGCCUGGCUCAGGCAGCGCCUUCAUCCCCACCAUCAACGCCAUCACCACCAGCCAGGACCUGCAGUGGAUGGUACAGCCCACAGUGAUUACUUCCAUGUCCAACCCUUAUCCACGCUCACACCCCUACAGCCCCCUGCCGGGCCUGGCUUCUGUCCCUGGGCACAUGGCUCUCCCCAGACCCGGCGUGAUCAAGACCAUUGGUACCACUGUGGGCCGCAGGAGGAGAGAUGAGCAGCUGUCUCCUGAAGAAGAGGAGAAGCGUCGAAUCCGGAGGGAGAGGAACAAGCUGGCUGCCGCCAAGUGUCGGAACCGUCGCCGCGAGCUGACGGAGAAGCUGCAGGCGGAAACAGAGGAACUGGAAGAGGAGAAGUCCGGUCUGCAGAAAGAGAUCGCUGAGCUACAGAAGGAGAAGGAAAAGCUGGAGUUCAUGUUGGUGGCGCAUGGCCCUGUGUGCAAAAUCAGCCCCGAGGAGCGCCGAUCGCCCCCGACCUCCGGGCUGCAGCCCAUCCGUGGUACGGGCGGCGCUGUGGUGGUGAAGCAGGAGCCGCUCGAAGAGGACAGCUCCUCUUCCUCAGUGGUAGGGAUGGACAAGACCCAGCGCUCUGUCAUCAAGCCCAUCAGCAUUGCUGGGGGUGGUUUCUAUGGGGAAGAGCCUCUGCACACCCCCAUCGUGGUGACCUCCACACCUGCCAUUACUCCAGGCACCUCAAACCUUGUCUUCACCUACCCCAGUGUGCUGGAGCAGGAAUCGCCUGCCUCACCCUCGGAGUCCUGCUCCAAGGCUCACCGCAGAAGCAGUAGCAGUGGGGACCAGUCGUCAGACUCCUUGAACUCCCCCACACUGCUGGCCCUGUAACCCUCUGCUCCUCUGGCCAGCUCUGGAGAAGUCAUCAUGAUCAUCAUCAUCAUCAUCAUCCUCAUCCUCCUCAUCCUCCUCGUCACCCUUCCCGGAGACCAGUACCUUUAAGCGCUCCAGGGCCGUGAGGGCAAUAGGGGGACCUUGGCUCUGGGGACCCGAUGGGACUUAGUGGCGAGGCACUGGUUGAUCUCUUGGAAGCCCUGGGACCCCCUUUCCCUCAUUCAUCUUGCAAGCAAAUCCUCUUUCUUGAGAAGCCGGAGGAGAACUUGGUUUGGUGGACUCAGACAUCUUCUCCUGCUUCUGCAGCAUCUGGAGCCGGCCCGGAUGGUUCCUGUCCCUUUGUGACUCUGUUGUCCCUGGAGUGAUGGUGUCCCUUUCCUGCCCCACCAAGCAUGCUCAGUGCCUUUUUGGUGUCCCCUGCCUCCCCCAGUCCCAGCUUCACUCCCUCUGGGUUUUUAUGAGAUUUGCCAUGACAUUUCAUCUGGGUGGUCCGGAUAUUAAAGCGCUGUUAUUUCUGGAGCUGGGGGAGCAGGUGACUCUUCCACUGGGGUGGAUGUGUCCCGAAGGGGACAGUCAAAGUGCAAUAUUAUUGAACCUUCCCUCCCCACGCACCCCAGCGCACUAAGGACGUCACAGACCACCAGCGGCCUCCCUGAGUUCGACAGGUGAGGCCAUCACUGCUGGGAUGCACCGAGGACCUUUCCUCCCCAGCCUUGGAGAUGUCCAUCCCUUGGAGGAUCGGCUUGGCCAGAAGACAAGGGUGUAAGUGCGACAACCAGGGCACGGGUUGGGUUUGCCAAACGCCUAAUUACCAAGCCAGGAUUAGUGCCAACAAAGCCACGGGGCUGUCCCAGUGAGCUUCCCUUCACCUGACGUCUUGAGCAGAGCUUCUCUUGUAAUUAUUGCCUCGCCAUUCUGACCCUGGCCCCUUCUCCCCAGACCAGGGAGGUACCCCUUCCCAGGAACCGCACAUCACUCCAAAGCCCCGCUGGGUUCUGCCCUUCCCCAUCUCUCAGGGUGACACCACUCUUAGAGUGUGGGCCUGGACCCUCCCCCGAGUUUGACCUAAUGGUUUCUCUUCAAACCUCAGGUGGAAGAGCUGGGGAGAUGUCUGGGGCUGUGGUAGGAAUGAUUUUGGCCUCAGCAGCAGCCCUGGUACCUAGCCUUCCCUGGCUACUCUCCUAUCAGUGAGGUGUAGGAGCCCCCCACCUCCCCAGCUCUGCUCUCAGUGGUCUCUCCCAUUGAUGGAUGAAUGCUUUUCCUUUGAUCCUCCUGUGGCCCACUCCAGAGUGACCUCCUGACCCAGCAGGUCAGUCGGGAGUCACUGGUCUGAGCCAGUCUUGCUGGGCUUGGGGUGUCUAUGCCUUUCCUAUCAAAGCUAGUAUGUGUCCCUUCCCACUGUUGGAAGAACUGUGCUUCUCAUGGGUGUCCUGGCCUCCAGCAAGAGCACACUCCUGCCCCCACAUCUCAGCCCUUCCUCCCUGCUGCAUGUUAACACAGGUCUGGGAAGUGGAGUCUGCUCAGAACCGGUCUCUAGUGCUAAUGCUCCGACCUAGUGUGUCCACUCUAAAGAUCCUGUCUAAAAGCAUGUUAUUUGAAAUCAUGGCUGGUGGUGGAAAUCUGAGUUUUGACAGGGAAGGGACAACCUCACAGACCUAUGCCUUUCUCAACCCAAGUUCACAUGGGCCGGCCAUGAUUUAAUCCCAUGACCCACUUACAUGCAUGCAGAGUACACAGGAUCCAGGAGCCAUGUGAGAAGCCUGCAUGGUCCAUUAGACCUGAAAGUGACCGGGGGGGCAGGCGUUGGCUAGGUGGAGAGGGAGAUGAAAGGAGAGAGGAUUUUUGUUCAGAAUAAUUUCAAUAUGCUCUUUCCCGUGUGCCCUGGCUCUAACUCUGCCAUUCUGGUCUCCCAGAGCCUCUGGGAGGUGGCUUCCUGGCCUCAGAGUCCUCCUAGAAACAGAAGACAGCCAAGAGUAGCAGGAGUUGGGUAAAUACCCGGGGGUGAUCUCAGUUGAGAAGCAUUUAUCAUCUCAAGCCAAGUGGGAGCUCUCUCCCUUGUUGUGCUCAUGGGUGUUUCUGAAACGAAGCUGCUUUUUUGUUCUCUGUAUUUCCAAAGCCCUUUUUCUGCCCUACUCUCCAUAGUAUGGAUCCCGACACAGGUCACAGGCCUGUGACUUGGUGCCCCAGUUGGACACUCCUGAGAACCCCCCCCCCCCAAGUCUGUCUCUCAGUUCAGAUUUCAGGCUGUAUCAGCAUCAGUGCUAGAAGGCACAGCCAGCUAACCUGGGCCUCAGAAGCCUCUGAGGCCACUUUCCCUUCUGACCUGCUUGCCUCGUCCCACAAGACUCCAUGGCUUUUCCAAAAGACAAAGAUUUCUUGGUAGGGGGGAAGCUGAUUAUCCAUACCUAAACGGUGGGAGUAACCUCGGUUUGCUUCCUUCUGGAUUGUCACUUACAUGUCACUCACAUACAUGUCACUCACACAUCUAUCUGCCUAUGCUCCAGCGUCAGGAGCCUGGCUUGCUGUCCUGCCUCCAGUUCAGGGAGUAGCUGCAGU